GAAGACUAAAAAAAACGCAUAAAAGAGAAGGAACACCUUAUCGUUACUCAAUUUGAAAGCCCUCUUCCUUCAUUUCUCUCUAUAACUCGUCAAUCACAAUCACCAUUUAUAUAAUUAUUUGAAAUUAAAAUCUCUCGUAAUCGAAUUCUGAGUUAUAAUAAUGCCUUGUAUCACAGCUCCUUCUUAUUCCUACGCCAUUGUUCCCUUUACCUUCAUUUCUCCAAAAUCAACUCGAAUUUCUCCAACUGCAAAAUUUCUCACUAAACAUAACCGUAAUCCUCUAAUUGAAACAAUAAGCAUGAGUAGUAAUAAUUAUCAGAGAAAAAGAGUAGUUAGAGCAACCGUUUCAAUUGAAAAAGAGACUCCAGAAGCUGAACGACCUGAAACGUUUCUGAGAGGCGGUGACGGAGACGAAGGAGUGUCUUCUGUUAGAGUCCGUUUUGAGAAGAUGAUAAGAGAAGCGCAAGAUAGUGUGUGUAAUGCAAUUGAGAUUGCUGAUGGUGGUGCUAAAUUUAAAGAAGAUGUUUGGUCUAGACCUGGUGGUGGUGGUGGUAUUAGUAGGGUUCUUCAAGACGGUGCCGUUUGGGAGAAAGCUGGUGUUAAUGUGAGUGUUGUUUAUGGUCUUAUGCCUCCUGAUGCUUAUCGUGCUGCUAAAGGUGCUGCUACUUCUCCUGAUCAGAAGCCUGGUCCUAUUCCCUUUUUUGCUGCUGGAAUUAGCUCUGUUUUACACCCUAAGAACCCGUUUGCCCCAACCUUGCAUUUCAAUUAUCGCUAUUUUGAAACUGAUGCUCCUAAAGAUGCUCCUGGAGCACCUAGACAAUGGUGGUUUGGUGGGGGAACUGACUUAACCCCUGCUUACAUUUUUGAGGAGGAUGUCAAGCACUUCCAUUCAACUCAAAAACAGGCUUGUGACAAGUUUGAUCCUACAUUUUACCCCCGAUUCAAGAAAUGGUGUGAUGAUUACUUUUAUAUCAAGCAUCGAGAUGAAAGGAGAGGGCUUGGAGGAAUAUUUUUUGACGAUCUGAAUGACUAUGAUCAGGAGAUGCUCCUUUCCUUCGCUACCGAAUGUGCAAAUUCUGUUAUUCCCGCUUAUAUACCUAUCAUAGAGAAAAGGAAGGAUUUGCCCUUUACAGAUCAACAGAAAGCAUGGCAACAAUUGCGAAGGGGACGAUAUGUUGAAUUCAAUUUGGUAUAUGAUAGGGGUACAACAUUUGGACUAAAAACUGGAGGGAGAAUAGAGAGUAUUCUUGUUUCUCUCCCAUUGACUUCUCGAUGGGAAUAUGAUCACAAACCAGAAGUAGGAAGUGAAGAAUGGAAGCUCUUAGAUGCGUGCAGAAACCCGAAGGAAUGGAUCUAAUUUAUCAGUUGACCACCCAAUUUGCCAUAUAUUUUUAUCAAUAAGAUAAGAUAGCUUGUGUUCUUUUUUCGGUGUAUAUCAUGUACUUGUUAAGAUGAGUCGCUACUAUUUUAGAUUCUACUUGGUGGAUCGCAAAUCACAUGUUUUACACUUUUCACCUAUGUAAAGCGUGAAAUUAUGAAAAUUACAAUUGUUUAGAAUGCGUCUGUACUCUGUACCCACUGUACCACUCAUUGUUCCUCAAGGACCUACCUAUUUUUGCAAAAUAA